AAUGAUAUAUAUUUAAAAUAAUAGAAAAAAAUAUAUUUAAGAGAGCUAAUGGUUAAAUUCGAACUCUAAAGAUGCUAAUAAUUACAUGAAAGAUUGGGUUGCUAAUUUUGAAAUAAGUGAUUAUUUAAGAUCAAAGAAAUUUGAAAAUAUUUAUUUUAUUAGAAAUGUAGCUUUUGAUCAUCCAGAGUUAAUGAAUGAGAUUAAAUAUGAAGAGAAAGAUAGAGUCUAAGAAGAAUUGCCUUUUAAAGGUGAUUCAAUAUUUAUUGAUUAUGGAUUUACUUCAUAAUUUAUCAAAAGGAAAGACUUUGAAUAUUCCUCCCAACAUAUAUAUGUUAUUGACAUUUUGGGUCAUUUUAUUUGCAGUAUAGUUUUAGAAAAUUAAGGAAAAAAAUUAAUAUUAUUGUUAGAGACAAUGGAAAAUAAUAGAAUCAAAAAUCCAACUAUUUAAUAGUUUUAUAAGAUUUGA